AAAUUCUAGAAACAAAGCUUUUUUAUUUAUUUUUAUUUCUUAUCUUUUUAUAUAUAAAAAUACAAAAUAUAUUUCGGAAUUUUAUUCUUCUCAGCCCCUCUCGAAAUCUCUGAUUCUUUCAAAUCCAAGCUCACAAUCUCCUGGUUGUGUUUGUGUGGUUGUGUGUUGCCAUGGCGUCAAAACGCAUCUUGAAGGAGCUUAAGGAUUUGCAGAAAGACCCUCCUACCUCAUGCAGUGCUGGUCCCGUGGCCGAGGACAUGUUCCAUUGGCAAGCAACAAUUAUGGGGCCUGCUGAUAGCCCAUAUGCAGGUGGUGUUUUUCUAGUUUCAAUUCAUUUCCCUCCAGAUUAUCCAUUCAAGCCUCCAAAGGUUGCAUUUAGGACCAAGGUAUUCCACCCAAACAUUAACAGUAAUGGAAGUAUAUGUCUUGAUAUUCUUAAAGAACAAUGGAGUCCGGCACUUACCAUUUCCAAGGUGCUGUUAUCCAUAUGCUCUCUGUUGACGGACCCCAACCCCGAUGAUCCACUUGUCCCUGAAAUCGCACACAUGUACAAGACUGAUAGGGCAAAGUAUGAAGCCACUGCCCGCAGUUGGACACAGAAGUAUGCCAUGGGGUAAAAUUGAAGGAGAUUCCCAGCAUUUGUAAAAGGAUGCAAAUGCAUGAAUUCCCUCUCCUCUAAGUAAACAUUGGAAAAAUUGAAAAUUUCUUUGUCAUUUGUGGAACUUAAAAUUGAUGAAGGAACUAGUUCUCAUUGUGUGAAUAUUCAUUUGGGGGCAUCGGAGAUGGGAAGGAAAAAACAACUGUAAUGUAUUGUUGCUAUGUUGUUAUUAAGCGAAUGGUUUGUUUGUUGAUCUA